AUGUCGAAAGAAGCGAGCAAAAAAAGCCUAUUCCCACGCUUUCUCCUCCCAUCCCAACCCCGAAACCACUCUCCCCAGUCCCCCCAAUCUCCCCAGUCUCCCCCACCACCCUUGAGCUCAAGCUCUCCAAGCUCAAGCUCCACCCCCAACUUGAACUUGAACCACACCGACAAAUACCUAAACGGCCACGCCUCCUACCUCCGCUGCUCCGACUGCGCCGUGCACCUCUGCCUAACCUCCCAAAUAAUCAGCAAAGGCUUCACAGGCCGACACGGACGCGCAUACCUCGUUUCAGGCGAGGUAUCCGGCGCCGCGGCGCCAGCCGUAUCAGUCAGUGCAUCAUCAUCAGCCACAGCAUCACUGCCAAAUACACUCUUACAACGACCCGUUCCUCGCCAACUAGUCACAGGCGCACACACGGUCAGUGACGUCUGCUGCGCCUUUUGCGGCAGUGUGCUAGGCUGGAAAUACGUUGCUGCUGAGGAGGAGUCUCAGCGGUAUAAAGUGGGCAAGUUCAUUCUUGAAACUAAGAAAACUAUGGCAACUUCGUGCUGGGAGUCGCCGCCGUCAGACCCAGAGCCAGAGCUAGAUGAUCAUCGAGUUCGGGUUCAAGUUGACGCCGACGCACUGCCCAGAGGGGAGCGGGAGGAUCGGGAUCGGGACCGGGGUGAUGUGUACGCGAAGGCAGAGGUCGAAUUUGAUAGCCAGGAUGAAGAUGAAUGUGAGGACCUUUUCGCUGGUAUAUGGAGUUCUGGUCUGGCCAGUCGUCGUCGAAGUCGGAAGGUUGAGCGGAAACCUACGAUGUUUGGAAUUUCGUGA